UAAAUAAUGAUUUAAUAUUUAAAUUAUACAUAAAUAUAAUAUAUAAUUAUCAAAAUGGCAAUACCAAAAAAAGAUGUAGUAUUACCAAAAGAAAUUCCACCGCUGCUCGUAGACAUGCACGCUAAUUACAUCAUAUCAUACAGUGCUGACAAGGACGACUAUACAUACGUCAUGACUGAAUAUUUAAGAAUGUCAGGAGUCUACUGGGGUCUGACAGCCCUGGACCUGGUAGGCCGUCUAGAAGACAUGGACAAAGCCGAAAUAUUCGAUUUUAUAAAACAGUGCCAGCACGAGUGUGGUGGAAUUGGUCCCAGCAUAAAGCACGACCCUCAUCUGCUUUACACCUUGAGCGCCAUCCAGAUUCUAAGUAUGUACAACGCGUUAGAUGUAAUUGACACUGAGAAAGUUGUCAAGUAUGUAAAAGAACGCCAGCAACCAGAUGGAAGCUUUGCUGGUGAUAUCUGGGGCGAGAUAGACACCAGAUUCUCGUUUUGUGCUGUUGCUACUUUGGCUUUGCUGGGACAGCUAGACGUUAUUGACGUAGAAAAAGCAGUAGAAUUUGUCGAAAGUUGCAUGAACUUUGAUGGUGGAUUUGGUUCCAAGCCAGGUUCUGAAAGUCAUGCUGGAUUAAUUUAUUGUUGCUUAGGAUUUCUAUCAAUUACUGAUCGCCUCGACUUGGUGGAUGUCGAUAGACUAGGCUGGUGGCUUUGCGAGCGACAGUUACCAUCCGGUGGCUUGAACGGUCGGCCCGAGAAGUUACCAGAUGUCUGUUACUCCUGGUGGGUCUUGUCUUCUUUAACGAUUCUCGGCCGAUUGCACUGGAUUGAUAAGAACAAGCUGGUCGAGUUCAUCUUAGCUUGUCAAGACACUGAAACCGGUGGAUUUAGCGAUCGUCCCGGCGACAUGGUCGAUCCAUUCCACACUUUAUUCGGUUUAGGAGCCAUUUCGCUUUUAGAAGCCGAUCCACGAGUCAAGCCAAUCAACCCCGUAUUUUGUAUGCCUGAAUAUGUAAUCGAAAGAAUGGGUGUAAAAGCUACGAUUCUAUUGAGAUAAAUAAAAUACUUCUUCAAAAACAA